UUUUGAUUGAAUCACAUGACUCAUGUCACAUGACACAAAACGAACAAAAAAUAGUAUACAAGGUAGGCUUACCUAGUUACUAGUAAUGAUGCACUAUAUAGUCUACUGUGUGAUAGCUUUAGCAAGCCAAGUGGCAGCGCUGGACAAUGGCCUUGCUAGGACUCCGCCAAUGGGCUGGUUGUCUUGGCAGAGGUUUCGCUGCCAAAUAGAUUGCGACAAUUAUCCAGACGAAUGUGUUAAUGAAGAUUUGUACAAAGCCAUGGCAGACAGGCUAGCUGCAGAUGGCUACAGAGAUGCUGGCUAUGUGUAUGUCAACAUAGACGACUGCUGGUCAGCUAAACAGAGAGACCCUGUCACCAACAGAUUGCUGCCUGACCCCAAACGAUUUCCAAGUGGGAUGAAAGCUCUCGCUGAUUAUGUCCACAGUAAGGGGCUAAAGCUUGGUAUCUAUGGUGACAUGGGUACACUGACCUGUGGUGGCUAUCCUGGAAGCAAGUUUACCAUGGAAACUGAUGCAAACACCUUUGCUGAAUGGGGGAUUGACUCUUUCAAGAUGGAUGGAUGCUAUUCCACAACAGAUGAUUUUUCUGUUGCAUACCCAAUAAUGGAGUUCUACUUGAAUAAAACUGGACGGCCUAUUCUUUUUAGCUGUAGCUGGCCUGCUUACGAACAGUCAACAAUUCCUGACUAUCCUCGUAUAGCCAAGUACUGUAACAUCUGGCGAAACUUUGAUGAUAUUGAUGACGCUUGGGACAGUGUUAAAAGUAUAAUCAAGUAUUAUGGUGAUGACCAUGGCAACUUUAGCUCUGUGGCUGGACCAGGAAACUUUAACGACCCCGAUAUGAUUGUUAUUGGCAACAAAGGCUUGAGUGAGUCUGAAGAAGAGGCUCAGAUGGCCCUAUGGGCUAUGAUGGCCGCACCCUUGUUCCUGUCCAAUGAUCUACGUACAGUGACACCUCGGGCCAAAAGUCUAAUUCUGAAUAAAGGUGCAAUAGCCAUUAACCAGGAUAAGCUUGGUAUACAAGGGAAGAGAAUCUGGCAGAUUAAUGGUAUACAAGUUUGGCUCCGUCCAGUCCUCCCCUUGGGCAGCUAUGCUGUGGCCGUCUUGAAUGAGUACCAGGGGGGUGCCCACACCCGCGUGUCCAUCUCUCUUGCUGACCUGGGGGUCACAGAGAAUGCUGUGUACAACCUGACGGAGGUCUUCUCUGGGAAUCUGAUUGGAAAGUUUGGCCUGAAGGACGAAGUCGUUAUAAAAGUCGACGUGUCCAGUGUCUUCUUUGGUAAAUACACCAUCUUGUCCUAAUCACCAGGCUGUUGGAGAUACACCAUCUGGUUGUAAUGAACAGGCUGUUUUUUUAACAAUUUCAUUUUAAGAACAAUGUCAGGAUGACCUAUGUAAAAAAUUUUGUAGCCCACGGGCAGGGGUGCACUGGCUGUGUCCAAUAGGCCCCCAACCCCAGAUUACAAUUUUCUUUGUGCAUUUUUUCCCAUCAAAGCCUGAUGAUCAUCCUCAGCUUGAUGCAAAUUCAUGCGACUAAUUGUUAUUUUUUUAAAUUCAAGCACUAAUAGGCCUAGUUCAGCACUGUUCCUGGGGGCCCUCUGGAAUUUUUUCCAGGGAACUCACCUGGAUUCUUUCCACAUCAGGCCAGCCCACCCCUGCUCAUGUGUUUCAUACAUCCAGAAUGUGUCUGUCGUGUGUUGUUGAGAUGGUAAAUGUCAGUCCAUUAGUCAGUUUUAACACUAUGUCUUCAUUUUGCUUUAAUCAGCAUAGUAAUACAGCUAAUCUAAUGUUGUUCAAAGCUGAUAUUGAGUUUUCUCAAAAGAAUGUUAAAAUGUAUUUUUACAUUGUGAUAUUUAAAAGAUCAAAUCAUGUCAGAUGUGAUUGACACCAAUGAUCACAUAUAAAGAUCUACAUAAUGUGACCAACAUACAGGGAUAACAUGUUUUGUUAACUAGAACAGAAGAACUGCUGCAGAUUUUUUAACAUUUUACAUUUGAUGUAGUAGUUUGUGUAAGCAUGAAAACUUGGACUUGUGUGUAUUACUGAUGUAUUAGUAUCACUUUGUUUUUGGACUUGUAGGUGUAUUACUUUUGUAUCAAUUUCACUUUGCUUAAAAUUGUUCAGAUUUGUCGUAUGAAAAGAAAUUUUAAUAUAAGACAGUCUUUGCUUAAAAUAUUUCAAUGGUUUUUUUAUUUUAUUUGUGGUAAAUAUUUAAUUCCAUUAAUAUAUCAAUGUAAUUUUUAAAUAGUAAACAGGUUUUAGAACAUUUUAAAACAGAACUCUUUAAAAUUCUUCUCGCUGAUUCUUCAUAGUUUUUUUAAAAUGGAUUCUGUCGAAUGUUGUCAAUUGCCCCGUGUCUCUAAACUCUCAAAAUGAAAUCACAGGUUUUUGAAACUGGUUGAUCUCCUCUGCUCUCAGUCAAGAUCUGAACAUUUCUUUAUCACUGCUAGAAUUUGUCUGUUACUUAUCCACACUAUUAAACAACAACUGUUAAAAGAUCUUGACCUUUCUAGUAACACUCAUAAAUAAACUUUCUUUAAUUAACUACCCUUAGAACUUUUAAGAUUAAAAAGUUUUCUCAAAUUGACUUCACAUUCCAGAGAUGUUUUAAUGAAAGAUAUUAAAAAUAUUUUUUCUUUUC